UAAUAUUCACUAGCAGCCACCCCAUCGCCCCUCUGCAUCGCUCCUUAAAUAACAGAUGAGGACAGGGCUCUGUCUCCUCAGCUUCCACCUCCAGUGCCCGCCGGCCCUGGGACAGAGUCGACCAUGCCAUCCUCUGUCUCUCAGGGUCUUCUGCUCCUGGCAGGCCUGUGCUGCCUGGUGUUUGGCUGUCUGGCUGAGGAUGGUCAGGUGACAGAAACACACGCACACAGCCACGACCUGGAGCACCUCUCCGGCCACAAGAUCGCCCCGAGUCUGGCUGAGUUUGCCUUCAGCAUAUACCAGGUGUUGGCACAGCAGUCCAACACCAGCAACAUCUUCUUCUCUCCUGUGAGCAUCGCUUCCGCCUUGGCCAUGCUGUCCCUGGGGGCCCAGGGGGACACUCAUGCCCAGAUCCUGCAGGGCCUGGAGUUCAACCUCACAGAGGUAGCUGAGGCUGACAUCCACAAGGGCUUCAAGGACCUCCUCCACAUCCUCAACACGCCCAACAGCGAGCGCGAGUUGACCACUGGCAACGGCCUCUUUGUGGACCAGACCCUGAGGUUCACUGCUAAGUUUUUAGAGGAAACCAGGAACCAUUACCAUGCAGAAGCCUUCCCUGUCAACUUCAGCAACCCCGAAGAUGCUGUAAAACAGCUCAAUAUCUAUGUGCAGAGGAGAACCAAAGGGAAAAUUGUAGAUUUGGUGAAAGUCCUGGACAAAGACACAGUUCUUGCCCUGGUGAAUUACAUUUUCUUUAGAGGAAAAUGGGAGAAACCCUUUGAGGCUGAGCACACCUCGGAAGAGGACUUCCACGUGAACGAGGAGACCACCGUGAAGGUGCCCAUGAUGAAGCGCCUGGGCAUGUUCCGAGUGUUUCACUGUAGCACAAUCCAAAGCUGGGUGCUGCUCAUGGACUACCAGGGCAACAUCACCGCCCUCUUCCUCCUGCCGGACGAGGGGAAGCUGCAGCACCUGGAGAAAACACUCACCAAGGAGCUCAUUUCCAAAUUCCUCUCUAAGACAGAGAAAACGUCUGCCAAUUUACAUUUCCCCAAACUGUCCAUUUCCGGAAACUACGACCUGAAGAUAGUCCUGGGCAACCUGGGCAUCACCAACAUCUUCAGCAAUGCUGCUGACCUCUCAGGGGUCACAAAGGAUGCUCCCCUCAAGCUCUCCAAGGCCGUGCACAAGGCGGUGCUGACCAUUGAUGAGAAGGGAACAGAGGCUGCAGGGGCCACAGUGUUGGAGGCGAUACCCAUGUCUAUGCCCCCUAAUGUGUACUUCAUCCGCCCUUUCAUCUUCACCAUCAUUGACCACUCCACCUACAGUCCCCUCUUCGUAGGAAAAGUGAUGGAUCCCACACAGAAGUAACUGAUCUCAGGCUUCAGUCUCCCAACCAGUCCAAGUCCCCUCCUGGUGACAUUAAACAACAUUAACACCUA